AUGAGAAAAAGGGAAUUAUGUAUUUUAAAUAAUAAAUUAGAUACUACUUUAAUUUUAUUUAAAAAUGUAGUUAAUGCAAAAAAUAUUUUAGAAUCCUAUAAUAAACAUAUAAGUGAUUUUAAUGAUACUAACCAUUUUUUUCUUUUGUUAGAUAGUGAACUUAUUUUUAAUGAAAAUCAUAUAUUACAUAGUAUUUAUAGAGCCUAUUAUAAUUUUAUAACAAAAAAAAGGAUUACUAAAAAUAUGAUUUUAGAGAUUUUUUUUCUUUUAUCUCCACAUGAAAACAUUAAUGAAUGUCUAAAACAAUAUCAAAUAAAAAACGAUUCUUCUUCUAUAAUUUAUGUUGGCCUUAAUGUUACAAAUGAAGAGAUUGAUACAUUUGUAGAUUUAAUUGAAGGGGAGCGAAUAAAUUUUAAUGAAAUAUCUUUUUUACAUGAUAAAAAAAAAAUUUCAGAUAAUUUUAAGUGCACUGAUAUUAAUAAUUUAGAAAAGUUUAUUUAUCACAAUAUAGCUUCAAAAAAGCUUAAUCUAAGUUGA